AUUUCGUCGAACUUAUUUAAUGGUUCGUUUCGUUAGCGCACAAAGGCGCAUUAAAGAACAAUGCUGGGAGAGAGUUUGUACGGAUGCUUCUCCUCCCGCCGCCGCCCUUGCCAUUCCGCCGCCGCUCUCCCGGCCGCUUGCCCGGACGGUUCCUCCGGACGCCUUUUUGAUUCGACCGAUGUCUCAUCCUCCUCGCAGCAUGAGAUUUCCUCCGCUAUCGCCUCCCGCCGCCUCCUGCUGGCGUCUCCGGGCCGGUCCAACUCCCUCGUGGACUCCGCGUCGGUCGCGUUGAGAGCGGGAGACGCGGUGGCCGUCACCACCUACUCGAUCGACCCUUACCGCGACUUCCGCCGCUCGAUGGAGGAGAUGGUGGCGGCGCUGGGACUCGACGCCGGGGCAACACACCUCCACGAGCUCCUCCUCUGCUACCUCGCUCUCAACCGGAAGCAAGUGCACGAGCACAUCCUGAGAGCCUUCGCUGACCUCCUCCUCGCCCUCACCGUCACCGGCGACGCCGACUAACCUCAAACUCAAAGGCUGUUAUAUAUUGCGCUACUGCCAUUAAUAAUAUGCGUUUUUUUCCCCUUC